CUCAGCUUCUGGCCACACCUCAAGGCUUGUACUCUCGCUUCGAGUGGGAUCCCCAGGAGGCGCGUCCGUGCAGAAGAGCUAGCAAUCGAAGCAGCACAAGAGCGCAUCCGUACGUGUCCGGUGCUCCGUGUGCUCUCCAGUUCCAAUGGCAAGGCGAAACCAUUCGGUGUGGCUCCUCGCCGCGGCCGCGCUGCUCUUCGCUGCCACGGCGACGGCGCAGGACAACUGCUCGUCCGCCAGGUUCCCCGCGGGGCGGUCGUUCCAGCGGUGCACCGCCCUGCCCGAGCUCGGCGCCAGCCUUUACUGGACGCACCACCCGGUGAACGGCACCGUCGACGUCGCGUUCCGGGCGCCGCAGAGCGCCGGCGGCUGGGUCGCAUGGGGAAUCAACACCCAGCGCCCCGGCAGCAUGGUCGGCAGCAGCGUGUUCAUCGCCUCGCAGGAUGGCAGCGGCGCGGUGUCCGUCCUGACGACCUACCUGGAGAGCACGGCGCCCAGCCUCACCAACAACACACUCAAGCUCGCCGUGCCCGCCGGGCCAGCCGCCGAGUACUCGGGCGGCGCGUACACCAUCUACGCGACGGUGGCGCUGCCGGGGAACAGCACAGUGCAGAACACGGUGUGGCAGGCCGGGCCGCUCAGCGGCGGGCAGAUAGCGCCGCACCCGACGUCCGCGGCGAACCUGCGGAGCGCCCAGAAGCUGGAUUUCCUGUCCGGCAGCCGGAGUACAGGGGCACCUAGGAUGCAUCGUCGUAACUUGAGGGAAUUUCUGGAAUAAAAUACCGGUGGUUACGUACUGUCUAUCCCAUGCCUCCAGUGAAGAAAAUUAGAAAAAAAGGAUAAAAGAGCAUGAUAAAUUGUUUGUCCAUAAAAAUCGAUCCAGUUCUAAAUUGAUCAUAGGCUCUGUACAUACUAUAUGUUUCCAUUCAUGAUAUAUCAAGUUCGAUGAGUUGAAUACA